AAUUGUUUGUUUUUUUUUUAAUUCAUAGACAAAGAUGGCUAAGGAAAGGUGUCAGAAAAAGUCCUUUCAAGAUAGUCUUGAAGACAUUAAGAAGCGAAUGAAAGAGAAAAGGAAUAAAAACUUGGCAGAGAUUGGCAAACGAAAGUCCUUUAUUGUUGCACCAUGCCAAGUACCCACUAACACUUCUACACUGCUGAAAACUUACCAAGAUAACAACAGGUUGUUAGUUUUGGCUUUGGAAAAUGAAAAGUCCAAAGUGAGAGAAGCCCAAGAUACCAUCCUACAGCUGAGAAGAGAAUGUUAUUACCUUGCAUGUCAGUUAUAUGCAGUCAAAAAGAAGCUAACUUCCCAACCAAGUGAAGAAACUGACCAGAACCAGAAAGGAUAUCUCGAAGAAGUGGUCUCCAGUAGUGACAACACCAUCAGCGACUUGUCUGUGAAGAGCUUACAGCAAACUGCUCCUGACGAAAAUGAUGAGCCAUUCCAAACCAAAGAACCAAGUCCUGUUCCUCCAGACACACUGGGGAGUGACUUUGAUUCAAGUAAAGUCAAGUCUACUGAUGAGACCUUACCUAGGACUGUGUCUUUCCAUUGCCACUUAAAGAAAGAUUUUAGUAAUGUAAGUCGCUCCACUGCUUUAAAGGAUUGUGAAGCCAGUUAUCAGGUGGGACAGUCUUUGGAAGUUAGAAGUGGGUGUAGAGACCCAACUAUAACUCUGUACAGACCUGAAAAUGUAGAACAAAAUGUUUGUCUGUGGAACAAGGAUCAAGUUAAUUUAUCCCCUAGACUGACUUGCCCAGGAAUGAAUGCAAAAACAAAAGAAAUCAUUUUAUUAUCUAAACCCGAACAAAUGAAAAGUAAGCAUAAACAUGCACAAAAAAGAAGAGCAGAGCAAAGAAGAGCCAACCAGAGAUGCAAAUCAAAACUCUCACUGAGGUGUAAGGGCAGCAAAGGCAAAGAUGAGCACACUGUACACCCCACAAAGUUGAGUGGGUCUACCGGUGCCGGUGACGCAUAUGAUUUUAAUCUGGAAGAGCGUGUUCACCUCACCCCUUUCCAACAAAAAGUAAGCAGUGGCUCCAGGGGAGAGAUCAACAGCAUCCACAGGGAAGGGGGUGCUUUUGAACUGAGUGCCUCUGAGGACGAUUCUGACGACUCCUACCUGCCUCCUUGUAAGCACCUGGAAGACCACACUAGAGAGUCAGACAGACCAGUCACCAGGUCUCGGCCUAAAAGAGGACUCAAGUACACGGAUGAAAAAGAUACAGAGAAGGCUCCACCAACCAGAACUCCUACUGAUAUCCCACCUGAGACUGAAGAAGAGUCACCUGGUUGUAGCCUGAAGGAUGUCACUAAUAUACUGAUGCAUCCUGUAGUGAAAAUUAGGAAACUUUCUCUGUCUCCGAGAAGGCAUGAAGACAGCCCAGCAGUGUCUCUGCCUAAGCGCAGGUGUACUGCCAUCACAAGCUAUAAAGAGCCAACACUUGCUUCGAAACUAAGAAGAGGGGACCCUUUCACAGACUUGUGUUUCUUGAAUUCUCCUAUUUUCAAGCAGAAAAAGGAUAUGAGACGUCGUAAAAGAAGUACAAAGCUAACACAGUAGCUCCUUUUAUUGGAUGCUGUCAAAGGUGAUCCUUCUUUUUUACCUAAUAGUCUGUGAGACAGUAUGUAAUGAGCAGCACCAAUCCUUAUCAGGAUGUCUCUUGAACCUAUACUUUGUAAUUGUGUGGAUUGCUACCAACACAUCUAAAAUUUCUCUGGCAUCUUUACUUUUUCCUUAAGCAGGGGAAUUGCAGAGUUGAAAAUUUAUAAAGAUAGGAUAUCUUUCAUAAAUCCUUGACAUCACAGUAAGAUGUAAGUUGCUGUGAGUCCCUUAUUCUGUUGUCAUAUUAAUUCUUUGGAUAAAAUAUAUAUAGAAUCAUGAUUAAGAGAAUUGAUGGGUUUGGUUCUGGGACAAGGUAACUGUUGUAAACUCUCAGUGUUUGUGAUAUCAUUCUUCAUUAGAAUGAUAACAUAUCGUGGAACCCAGGCUAGUCCUUCAUGUUGUCAAAUUUGUGAAUAGUAAGGGUUUCUGGUUUUGAUCUAAAUACAAAAUGUAAAUAGCCCAGGUCAGAAAGUUGAACCUCUACAGGUGUGUAUAUAUUUCUUUAAACUGAAGUGGUCCAUUUUUAAAGAACAAUCAUAUAAAGUCUGGCCAUACAUAGUGGUGACCAUUGUGUUUUUCUUCUACUCUUAACUGUCAGUAAUCUUGAUUACCUUCCUUCCUGGCCUUUACCACUCCCAGCUUAGUUGUAGCUUCUUCUGUCGUCUCUGUCAAUUUUCCCCUUCCCUUUCACAUUAGAUUUGUCUUAUCAACUUUUCUACCUGCAGCCUUCAGGCCCACAAUUAAGACAUUUCAAUUUGGGGCUCAUCAGUAGAACACUUGCCUCAUCUGGGCAAGACCCAGGAAUAAACCCUCCUGCAUGCAAUAGAUUUUUAAAUGUAUCAGGGGCCUUCUAGUAUCCAUUGCAGACUUUACCCCCAUCACCAUGGCUUCCUACAUUUCCCUUCAGUCACUUAGAGCUCUUCUCUGUCACUCUUGUUGUGCCUCCUACUUUCCCAUCACAGUCUUAUUUUUCCAGCCACUCUUUUUUUUUUUUUUUUUUCAGUGCUGAAGACAGAACCCGGGGCCCUGUGUGUGGUAGGAGCACAGCCAGUAGUCUACAGCAGCCCCUGUUUCUCUUUUGUAGUUGCCACGGUGCCUUGGGAGUGACUGUCUUAGCUAAGAACCUCGAGUGGCUGUGGUUACCACAGUGCAUCCUACAAAGAGGUGGACUGUAUCCUGGUCCAAAUUGAGCAAGCUGGCUUGUGGGCCAUGUUUUGUGCAAGCUUAGUUUUUGUGUAUUUAAGAAGUUGAAAAAAAAUAUUUGGAUUAAAUUUGCUAUUUGGCCUGCAGCCCCAGAUAUUUAUUUCCCGGUCCUUUUUCAAAAAAAAUUUGUCAUAGCCUGGCAUGAUGUGAUGGUGCAUGCCAGUAAUAUCAGCACUGUAGAGGCUGAGGCAGGAGGAUCUUGUUUUAGACCACUGUACUACAUGACCUCAAACAGCCCAAAAAUAUUUUUCUACUUCCUUCUGUAGACACCUGAUUGUUUACUUCAAAGAUCCGUGUGCCUCGUGUCAACCUUGAUCCUCUCUCUGUACUAGUCACUAUUCUUCCAAUUUUAGUUUGUGUGCUGCCAAAGCACACACCAAUCACUAUUGUCUUAAAACUGCUAUUAGACUUUGUCUUUCUCAUGUUUCUGUAUUCAUGGUGUAUUCAUUCUGUAUUCAUAGGCUGCUAAGGGUUUUGUGUCAACAUUUUUAUCUGAUAAGCACUGUAUUUUUAUAUAUACAUAUAUAUAGUGUAUACUGAUUUAUAAUUGACUAAAGAGUUUGAGACUUACCAUGUUGUUUGAUAUAAAGCAUUUUUGAUGCAUAAUAUUUUAGAAAUAAACCAGAUUUAAUGCCUCUUUUUAGAAA